GCGCGCUUUGCUUCGUCGUAUGUCUGUCAACUGACAUACACGUCAUUGUCCAGCUGGUUCAGUGCGCCUGCGCUGUAAACCUUAUUCGAGGAAGUGGCAGGAGAGGCAACUCCAACGACAGAGCAGAGUUUGUUGUUUAUCACCCGUUUCAGAGAGGACAAAACAUCACGCAGUUUUUUUAAAAUGUCGGGAUUUGAUAGCAACCCGUUCGCAGAGCCUGCCAGCGACAACCCUUUCAAUGACCCUUCGGUCACACAAGUGACCAGCUCCGGCGUAGAACCAGUUGACCAGUACAACCCUUUCCCUGCCACAGACAGUCUAGCAAGUCAUACCACUCCAGCCUCCACGUACCAGCCUGCUGUGUUACAGCCGUCAACAGAGCCCAGUCCACAGGCGACUGCAUCUGCAGCUCAGGCCAAUCUGCUGAGGCAGCAGGAGGAGCUGGAGAGAAAAGCUGCCGAGCUGGACCGCAGAGAGCAGGAGCUACAGAGCAGAGGCCCGUCAGGUAAAGAGAACAACUGGCCUCCACUUCCUAAGAGCUUCCCCAUCAAACCAUGUUUCUAUCAGGACUUCUCAGAGGAAAUCCCCCCAGAGUACCAGAGAGUCUGCAAGAUGAUAUAUUAUCUCUGGAUGUUCAACUGUGUGACUCUGUUCCUCAACCUGCUGGCGUGUUUGGCUUACUUCACCACUGAUGCGGCCUAUGGUGUGGAUUUUGGCCUCUCCAUCCUCUGGCUCAUCCUCUUCACUCCCUGCUCCUUCCUCUGCUGGUACCGGCCCGUCUACAAGGCCUUCAAGAGUGACAGCUCCUUCAGCUUCUUCUUCUUCUUCUUUGUGUUUUUCUGCCAAGUGGUAAUCUUCAUCAUCCAGUCUGUAGGCAUCCCCAAGUGGGGGAACAGUGGUUGGAUCGCUGCCUUCACUAUCAUCGGCAAAAACAAUGCAGUGGGAGCUAUCAUGAUCAUAGUGGCCAUCCUCUUCACCAUCUGCGCUGUGCUGUCUGUCAUCCUGCUCAAGAUGGUCCACAGCUUGUACCGCCGGACCGGAGCCAGUUUCCAGAAGGCCCAGCAGGAAUUCUCGCAGGGUGUCUUCACCAAUAAAACCUUCCAAACAGCUGCUGCUGGUGCAGCAUCCUCUGCUGCCCAGGGAACCUUCCAGAGAAACAACUAACGCAUGUCAUCUGCAGAAUCGUCUGGCUCUGCUUGGGUGUAAAAAGCAGUCGAAGGGAAAGUCACACAUCAAGGGCAUUCUGGGGUGGAAAGCAUGAAUGAAGUUGACGGAUUGCUAUUUCAGUGUGUCCUGGCUUUGUAUAUUUUGUGCACUUUUUGGCAAUGCUCUUCAGUGUAAAAUGUGACUGUAAGUGUGCGUGCAUGUGUGUGUGUGUGUGUGUGUGUGUGUGUGUGUGCAUGUGUGUACUGGCAUGCUGAUCACAUGUAUUCAUGUGGGUGCAGUACACGUUUGUUUCUCCACACCAAUGGUGGAACCUGAUCCUGUAAUAUAAAUGACAUGAAGCAGUUGUUUGUCAUUGAUUGGCAUUUUUUUCAAAAGCAUUUCGUCUUUGUUGUUGAACUUAUUUUGGCAAACCAUGUCUUUUGUGUGCCGAACAUUUCAGUCUAAUAAGAAAAGUAACUGUAAUAAAUCAUGUAGUUAAUUGUAAUCUGUCUGGCUUUAGAUUUUUGGAUAUUACUGUUACUGUAACUAAUCAUUUAAAUCUGUUUCAAUUAUUCAAUAAGGAAAAACACUCAGUUCUCAAUUCUCAGACUGACACCCCCCCAUCACUUUCAGAUUGUAAUGCUAUGUUUUUAAAACGUGUGCCUUUGACUUUUGUCUGGAACCAAAAUUUUGGUAAGAUCUUUCUGAAAAACCAGUGUGGUGUCAGAAAAGCGGUGGAAAUACUGUAUAUUUUGGUAUUUGGUAUCACAUGAUGGUUUCUGCAUAAAGAUCACAUCCACAGAGGAAAUCAAAGUGUUUUGCUUCAAUUCAUUUCAAACUAAUUUAAGUCUUACUUUAAUUUAGAAUACAGAGAGAAUAUAAUUUGAUUUCACUUUCACUGUCAUUAUUAAAAUUGUUUAUGAAGCAGCUUCAACUGCAUCUUUGAUCACUGCCUUUCUCAAAAGUUGUUUGUAAGGAAACCAAAGCAAUACUGACUAUCAAAAUGGAAAAUAAUGAAAGAUCUUGAAGUAGAUUUACACCAAUUCAUACAGUUUGCUGUAAUGGGCUGAGCCUAUUCUGUUGAUUUCACUACUAACAGUAAAUGCAGGAAGAGGAACGGCUUAUUUUUCACUAAGCUUAACAGUGUAGAAAUGUAAGUAUUCAGCCAGUGUGAAUCUUUAGGAAUAAUCAGAGAUCUCAGAAUUCACAGAAUGAGUUUUGACAGGAGAAGCAUGGCAUGAACCCCCGAUUUCACUGAUGUGUAUCUGAUUUGUAAUUUCUACUAGAGCAGUGCAAACUUUCCAUAACACUUACCUUACUUUAAAGAGAACCAGUGUCUCAACAUCACCAGUAUGCAGCUAAGGUACUGCAUUUUCAUUUAAUUCUCCUCCCUGUACCUCUCUACUCCCUGUACCUCUCUACCACCAAGCUCUAAAUUAUUUGUGUACUGAUGUAUAUUUUCUAUGUGAUUUCUUAUAUUGAAAAACAUGCAUAUGUGUGUUUAUUUGAUGUACUGUUUUAAAACAUUAGCGUAGAUGUACCCUAUGUUAGCAUUCUUAAAGAACAAUUGCAAACUCCAGAUCAUUUGUGUGAUGUUCUUGCAACAGAUAGUGGUCUAAUUUAAGGUUCGAUCUUACAUCCAUUAUGUAAUACAAGAUUUGUAUUCAUUCACACAUCUCUGUAUGCAUUGUUUUGGGAGAACAGAAUUCAGUGCCUUUUGUAUUUCAAUAUUGAAUAUUGCAUCUAAUAAAAUGCUUUGCUUUCA